AUGAUCCAGAACAAAACUCUAUACAAAAUUCCCUUCCAUCCAGGAGAUGCAGUCUCGCUUGUCCGCCUUGCCGUGAACAAUGAUCCAAUAAAUGAUCAAACGGGAGAUCCUGCGAGCAAUAACAAUGCUGGAAGCAGCUAUAUCUUGAAAGAUCCUUCGAUUCCAUUCCAACUAGAGAUUCCAGCACACAGCGUGAAGACUGCAGUAGACAAACCAUCCUGUAACUUCUGUCGGAUUACUGUGAGGCCAGUUUCUAAUGGUUUCAAUGAUUCCCUGCCUUGGCGCUGGAUGCUGGGACAUCGCCUCUUGAUGAGAUUCCAAACAGCUUGGGAGAAGACACAUUCGAAAAACAAGUGGUCAAUGGAUUCCUCUUGUUGCUUGCAGAGUUCACAUCGAUUGGCAAUAAUCCAACCCCGCUUCUUCAAGUUGUCAGUUGUCAAUAUCUUUUUAUGGAAAAGAGUCCAUGCAAAGAAGCAUAUCUUGGAGGGGAUAAUGCUUCUCCAAACAGAUGAACGCGGAAAGGAGGAAACUCCUGGAAAAAGCUCAUCAACAAAGCACCUGUAA